GUCCACCAGCCCUUGGCGCUGAGGGUGCGGCCGGCCUCGGCAUCGUGCCCGCGGAGCCUCCGCUAGUGCUGCCAGAGCGCAGCCCUGAGGAGCAGGCGGUGCUGGACCUGGUGAAGGGGGUGUCUCUGGCGCCUGGGCUUGGUCAUUUGCCGCCUGCUACGGGUGGGUGGCAGCGCGUGUCUGGCAGCGGGCUCAGCGACGCAGACUUCGGCACCGACGGUAAGGAUAAGUGCCUGUGUGCUCCUGGGGUUGCGCUCGUCAGCCGCAGUGGAGAGUUGGCCGUGCUCGUUGACGGUGCGGGGCCGGCCUCCGUGUCAUCGCCUGAGCUGGGCGCCAGGAUCCUUGAGAUCUCGCGUGACAAGCUGGGCAAGCGCCACAAGGAUGUGAAGGGGGCCAUCGCUUGCUGCGCCGAGAGCGCGUGGGACAGUUGGCCGUUGACGGGGUCUCGCACUGUGACGCGGUGCAUCACCUUCAUUGUCCAGACCAACGGUCGCCCAAUAACCAGGCACGCGUGGUGGAAGCACGCGUGCCGGCUCACGAGUGGUGACCCAGGUGCGUCUGACCAUGAGACGGCCAUGAAGGGUCUAGAGUACAUGCUCAAUCAUGAUCAGUUGAGUGCGCCCCAGCUCGUGUUUGCGGAGCUCGUCCUUCGGAGGGCGCAGCUGGCUGAGUUUAGGCGCCGCCACUUGCUCUUGCGACCCGACGAAUUCGGGGGCGAUCUGGCCAGCGACGAGUCCCUCUACCUCGGCUUGGGAGAGACCAGGGGGCAGAUCAUACUGCGCCCAGCCUUGGAAGAGCAUGUUGCCGCUGAGCUCCUCGGGGGGAUCACGGUGGCCAAGGAGAGGCGCAAGCUCCGCGAGGAGCGGCAGUUGGCUCGCUCGUCUCCAGCCCUGGUUCCCAGCCAGGCGGCCGCUGCUGCCGUCGUCGCAGGUGCCGGCCCGCUGCGCUCGCUGACGGGCGCCCCCGCUAACCCGAAGUCCAAGGCGAAGGUUGAGGGCGGGGGCGACGAGGCCACGGCGGGCCCCGCCGCCGCGCCCGAGGCGCUCGCGCGGGGCGACCGGGGCCCGUCUGACUCCAUCGGGCUACCUGCGAAGCCUUAUUCCGACCCCGCCCUCAUCAGGGUUGCGGUGAUGCGCGCGAAGCUGAUCGCCGAUAUACAUUCCCUUGGAUUGUGCUCUCUUCGGGCCCGCAAGGGUUCAACUGUCGGCGUAUUUUUCUUCGGGGAGAAGAAUGGCGAGCAACGUGCGAUUCUGAAUGCCAGGCUAGUGGACGCACCAGUCCAGGUCGCGCAGCGCACCGUCCUUCCCACGCCGGGUGCGUGGGCGAGCGUGGAGCUGCAGCCGGAGGGCGAGCUGGUGUCCUCACGGAUGGAUGUGGAGCGUGCUUUCUACCGCAUCCGUGCGCCUCCUGCGGUGUCCGACCACUUUGUGCUGCCUCGGGUUUCUGGUCGGCUGACUCGUCAACUGGCACCUGGAUUUGAUAUCUCGGAUGCCGAUUGGAUCAGCCCGCAUCUCGAGGUGAUGGCCAUCGGGCGGUCUUGGGCGCUACACUUUGGCCGACAGAUGGUGGCGGCCUCAGUUCAGAAGGUGGGCGCCCCCACCUUUCAGUUCUUCAGGGGCAAGAGGCCAGCUCCCGAUGUGACAGAGUCGAGGGUUGCGGCCGCCGUCUAUGUCGACAACGCGGCGACCACCGGCGCGGGCGAGAAGCGGGCUGCAGUCGCGGCGGACGUGGAGUUCAGGCAGCUGGAGGCCGACGGGCUGGAUUGCAAGACGAUCGAGCAUGGGCCCGACGUCGCGCGCUUCGCGGGCUUGGACCCGCGCCGCGCCACGGGCCGCAUCUCUGUCGGCCGCGCGAGGUGCUGGGAGGUCAGGCUCGCCAUGUCGCGCGUUAUAGCGGCGGGCCUGGAACGGGCGCCGCUCUGGCCAUCCGUUAGGCGCGAGCUCGAGCGGGUGAUCUCACUGCUCCCGCUGGCCCACGCUGACGCCGGGCUGCCCUGGUCCAGCUGCGUCGCCGGCGCCGACUCCGAGGGUUCCAACCUCGUCGACAACGGGGGCUUUGGCGUCGCGCGGAAGUUCCCGGGCGCGGAGCAGGCUCG